CGGUUAAGACAGCUUCGUGAUGAGUCCAUGAGUAGAUCAGAAAUAUACCACACUCAUGCUGGAAAUCCAUGUUUUUUAUGUGCUCUUCAGGAUUCAUUUGCUGUCAUGCAUAUUGCCUCUAGAAUUAUGCCAGAAGUAGCUUUUGUGCCAGUCCCUUCAAGAAAAUUGCCAGUUAACUUUUUCUUCAAGGACUGGUUAAACUCAGAAGAUGUUCCUGAAAGUGAGCAUUCAUAUGAAUUGAAACAACAACUUGUUGCUGAAGUAAUGAAAAUUGUUGAAGAGCUGGAGGCUGAGAGGAAUAGAAAGAAUGAAGCUAAACAAGAGGACCUUUCAGAGCACAAGAUGGUGAAACUGUUUGUUGAAUCAACAAGCUUUCGAAAUGAAAUUACAAAAACACAGCACAUACAAAACUUCUGAUUGAUUAAAAGAAGAUAAUACGUAUAUAGAGCUUCUGUACAAUUGAAAUUACAGUACAGUUUCAGCUUCGUUCCUCACAUCAUAUGUUACAAAUCAAUGCUAUGCUAGCUGAAGAUUCCUGGCCGGCUGCCUA